AUGCUAUGCCACCGUCUGCUAGCCAGGCGCCCUGCUAGAACAUCAUAUUCGACUCUAUCCAUAUCCAUCGCAAAUAUGUCAACCGCCGCUCCCGCCCGCAACUCUAUGCCCUCCGCAUUAACCUUUGAUCGUCACGCCAAAUGCUCGACAACUAAGGCGCGCGCGAGUACCCUCCACCUGCCUCAUGGCUCAGUGCCUCUUCCGAUCUUCAUGCCUGUCGCGACACAGGCAUCUCUAAAGGGCCUAACAUACGACCAGCUGCGAGAGACGGGAUGCAUGCUGUGCUUGAAUAAUACAUAUCACUUAGGUCUGAAGCCCGGUCAGGCAGUGCUAGAUGCAGUGGGCGGAGCGCAUAAGUUACAAGGCUGGGAUCGGAAUUUAUUGACCGAUAGUGGGGGUUUCCAGAUGGUGUCGCUUCUUCAGUUGGCGACUGUCACAGAGGAAGGAGUGCGAUUCCUUAGCCCGCACGAUGGCUCGCCAAUGUUACUGACUCCCGAACACUCCAUUGCUCUCCAGAACUCUAUCGGAUCUGAUAUUAUCAUGCAAUUAGAUGAUGUAAUUGCAACCACUUCGCCAGAUCAUGCUCGUAUCAAGGAGGCUAUGGACCGCUCUGUGCGGUGGCUAGAUCGGUGCAUCGAGGAGCACAAAUACCCUGAGCGACAAAACCUCUUUUGUAUCAUUCAGGGUGGUCUAGAUCUCGAAUUGCGAAAACAAUGCUGCGAAGAGAUGGUAGCGCGAGAUACCCCAGGAAUCGCCAUUGGAGGUCUAUCUGGUGGAGAGGCGAAGGAGGAGUUCUGCAAAGUGUAUGUGGCUCUACUUUCGCCAAAAAGGAGACUGAAUGAGCUAACCAACCAAAGAGUGGAUACAUGCACUGAUAUCCUCCCGGAGCAUAAACCCAGAUAUGUUAUGGGCGUGGGAUACCCCGAGGAUAUUGUUGUAGCAGUGGCUCUCGGUGCAGAUAUGUUUGACUGUGUUUGGCCAACACGGACAGCGCGCUUCGGCGAUGCCAUCGUCUCCUCUGGGACACUGAAACUAAGCCAUAAAUCGUUCGCCGAUGACUUCAGUCCAGUUGAGGAGGGCUGUACCUGCACUUGCUGUCGUCCAACUGAUCAAGGUGGUCUCGGGCUCACGCGAGCAUACAUGCACCACAUCACAGCUAAAGAGACCGUCGGCGCUCAUCUUUUGACCAUCCACAAUGUUCAUUAUAUGUUGACCAUGAUGGGCAAAAUCCGACAGGCCAUUAUUGAUGACCAAUACCCGGCUUUCCUUCGCAAGUUCUUCUCCGACAUCUAUGGAGGCGAUAAAUCGAAGUACCCCGAGUGGGCGGUAGGUGCUCUGCGGGGAGUUGGAGUGGACUUGCUAGCAGAUUCAUGA